AUGGCUUGGGAGAAAUAUCCAUCCUCCAGGAUCGCAAACACGACAACAGUAACCACCACCACCACCACCACCGACUACGACUACCCUAACCCUCGAACGCCUACGCACACGCCAUCGGCUCGUCUCCCCACAUCUCAAUCUCACUACCGCCGUGGUCAUGGACAUGGCACCAACGGAAGCAUUAACAGCAACGGUAGUGGCAGCAGCGCCGGCAGCACCAUAAGCGGUAACGGUAUGACCACCAGCAACGCCGUCGCUGCAUGCUACUUCCCGGUGUAUACCGUCAGUGGCCAUGAAUCAUGGAUAUCACGACGUGAUAUGGACUACCUGAAGCAGCUAGCCAACAAAGCCGGUGCUGAUCCGAGCCAGCAGCAUCACUCCGAUUGCCGCAUCGCCAGGUCUGGCGAUGGAAACAACACCUGCAUCAAGAUCAAGGCACUACCCCGGUCUUAUAAACUUGGUGAACUCGUCGGUGAAGGAGCUGCCAAUGCCGUCUUUGAGCUAAAGCUACCGGAUGGUGAAUAUUUCCGUCAUGAGGACGGCCUCCUCAUGCGCGUUGCCAAAGCUCCCGUGCGACCCGACUUUCCCAAAUUCGACCACGUAGAGCAGCAAUGGCACUAUCACACCCGCAUAAAGCCCAUCCUGGGCCAUUAUGUCCUGCACUCGGAGCUGGCAGUCAUCCGCGGGUCCGGCAUUGUGGAUGCCAUGAAUGACUACCUCCGCCGUCACGAUCAGUCGCGCAAACAAAAGUUUAGGGGAACUUUUGUUGACCAGAGUGAUUGGGCUUUCCUCCUUGAAGAUAUGCGACCAGAGGAUGACGAGGCAUUGCUCGUCGAAUUCAAACCAAAGUGGCUUUCCCAGUCUCCCAGCGCUCCCUCCAGCGCCAUUCGCUGCAGACAAUGCGCCAAGGAACUCCGUGACUAUGUCUCGGACCCGGACCCGCGCAAGCCCGUGCCCACCAAGGCUAAGCCUUGCCCCCUCACACUAGGGAGGGACGAGUAUAACCUCGUCAGGAUCGAGAGCGCGUACAGACUCCUACCGGAGCUAGAUGAACCGAGCAGCACCAGUGUCGAUGAGGGAAGCGGCACCAGCAGUAACGACAUCAGCCAGCAGCAGAAGCAGCACCGUCUGAACGCCACCCUCGGCCUUCUCCGGGACGAACCAGCGCUCAAGAUCCUCCGCGAAGCACAGGAGCGCUACGACAAGGUCGGUCCCCUGCGAGCCGACGAGUCCGAUGCCGACUUCAGUCUAGCCAUGACCCUGCGGGAUUGCACAUGCCUAGCACAGAUCCAGAUGGUCCCCACUCCUAGCAGCAGCAACUACACCAGUACCGCUAGCAACGAUCACCAUCACGGCGCUACGUCUGCACCGGCCAGGGAGCCUAUACCCCCUCUCAAAACUCGCUUUGUCGACUUUGACAUGAAGAGCUCCAAGCAUCGUAUGAGCAACUGGCGAAACACGGAGCGCACCCUCAUAGAGCACGGGUUCUACACUGCUCAUCGCAUCUCGUGUCGGGGCGUCAUCUACCGUCCGCCUACAAUGUGUGUUCUCGAGUUGCAGGAGCAGCAGCAGGAACGUGGCGGCACCUCUAGGGAGCAGGGUAGCACACCAGUCCAGGAGGAACUCAUCUGCAUCAUUGACAAGGAUGAGGGCGACGAUGCCGAAGCCUCGCAGCCGUACAAGGCUGGCGACGGGUGGUCAAAGGUAUACACCGUCAGGACGGACGCUGCGAAGCUGCAGGAGUGCUUGGAGGGGCAGCUUGCAAAACCUUUUGGCCCGUCGGGUCAGCAGUCCAGGGGGCGCUAG